CUCCGCACGAAUGGAACCGAAUGGAACGGCCGGAGACGCCGGAGAAGUAAGUGCUCGCGCGCUUCGGGAUCUCGGAGGUUUAGCCACCCUGUCGGAGGCCAUGAGAAAGCAGAAGUAGUUUGAGGAAGGCGCCCUAGAUGGCAGAGCUGGUCUAAACCUUUGUUUAAUAGUUGCGAGAUGGCGCCACGGUCUUUGUGGCAUUCUGCCCAUUUCUGAAAAUCUACGGCGCAAGGGGCACGAGCAAAAACAAUAUUUGCGGCGGAGGCAACCGGCUGCCUUCUCGCUGCUUCUGUCUUCUCUUGCAUUGUGCGGGCGUUGUGUGAAGUGGAAGCGUGUGCGUGCCGUGCUCUGGAAUAGACGUUUGAACGCGCUAUGCCCUGAAACACACGUGGUUGCUACUGCCUGCCGCGUCCCGCUGACGGGAGUGCGUUCAUUUCUCGGCGCUGUCGUCGGACCGGCCUCGAGGUGCGUCGCCGAGAUCGCGAUGGGGACCCCAAGGUUACGCGGGUCUCCGCGCCGCGGGCCCGCCAGGCCAGCCCGCUGCUGCUGCUGGUCUGCGACGUCAGGGCGGCGCUCUGAUAAAGUCAAAGCUCCGGCCAGGCCCUGAUGCCCAAGCGCUUGCCAAGUGAUGCUCCUAAGAAGGUGCUCGAGGCUAGGAUGUUAUCAGCAGCUGCAACUGGCGACUCCAGGAGUUGUGGCAGGAUGUCCGGCCUCUGUCGCAGCCACUUCUACAAGGUCCUGGCGGUCAUUCUGGUGGCUUUCCUGCUCUUUGAGUACAGCUUUAACCUGCUGGCCUACCCUCAGAAGACAACCCGGGUUGUUCCCUCAAGCAUCUCGUGGAUGUUUGGGCCUUCGUCGGGUGCAGACUCGGACGUUUUCAAUGCCAGCUUUGGCAACAGGACUCAGAGUAGUGAGGGGAGUGCUGGGAACGGGACAGGCAAGAGAAACUCCAGUGUGGUUGCAGUGUCUACCGCCAAGUCCUUGGAGCUCUGCCCUCUAGUUCCUCCCAAUUUAGUCGGCCGCCUAAAAGUCUUACUACAAGCCCCGUCAUUCGAUGAGAUGGAGAAGAAGUUCACGCACAUCAUGCUGGGAGGGAGGUUCAAGCCAAAGGACUGCCUGGCCAGGCAUCGGGUGGCCAUACUCAUACCAUACAGGGACCGGGAGGACCACCUCAGGGUUUUCCUCUACAACAUGCACCAGAUGCUACCUCGGCAGCAGAUAGACUAUGGCAUUUUCGUCAUAGAAGAGGCGGGGCAAGCGAAAUUCAACCGAGCCAAACUGUUCAACGUUGGAUACCUAGAGGCAUUGGCAUUGUACGACUACGACUGCUUCAUCUUUCACGAUGUGGAUCUCAUCCCCGAGGAUGACCGCAAUCUCUACACCUGUCCCGAGCAGCCGAGGCACAUGUCUGUGGCCAUCGACACUAUGCAGUACAGGCUUCCCUAUGUCGGGAUAUUUGGAGGAGUUAGUGCCCUGAACAAAAAACACAUGAAACUUGUGAAUGGCUUCUCUAAUCAAUAUUGGGGAUGGGGCGGUGAAGAUGACGACAUGUCUUACAGGUUGCAACACCACCAUUUGAAAAUUUCAAGGUAUCCUGCAAACAUUGCAAGGUACACAAUGCUUCGACAUGCUAAGGACACUCCCAGUCCCGAAAGGUACAAGCUUCUCUUCAAGGGGAAGACACGAUACAAAACCGACGGCAUCAACAGUGUCAAUUAUGAAAGGAAGGAUCUUGUGCUCAAGAAGCUUUACACUUGGGUCUUGGCUGACCUGAAAGCCCCGAAAUGACGGCCAGGCGUACCCAGACUGUUCAGGUGGCGCCACGAUUCCCGAGUGUUGACUACUCUAGUGUCUGCAGUGUGCGUGUGUGUGAAGUACUUCUAAAGUGUGAAGUGCGGCAGUUCUGUGUUCUUCUGUGAAACGACUUCAGCCCCCUCGUGCCACAUUCGGCUCAGUUGACUGAGGAGUGCAAGAAAAACUUUUCUUCGAAACAGUGCAACAUGCUUCAGCAGUUCUCGUUUCAAUCGCUCUGCAGCUCUGCCUGCACUUGCCAAUGGGUGCAAUAUGCAAAAAUCCGGGACCUUCUUCAAAAGCCAUAUACCUUCCAUCCAACCACUUACAAGUUGUGCAGCGUUUUCCAAAAGUGAUGCUUUCUACCGAGCAACCCUCUCACAGCUGUAGUCUUUUUUUUUUUUUUUUUACGUGCUCUCCCGUGUGUUUGUGCCUGAAAUUGCACUGGAGCUCCUUAUUUUGUUCACUCGACACAUUUUACGUAAUUUUCAAAAGGAGCAUAGUACACCAACGCUGAUGCUUUCUAGAACUGAGGAAUAUUUUGGUGGGGCUUUUUUUCAUCUUUUUUUACUUGCAUAUGAAAUAGGUCUUGUACAGGGGGGAGAGUGCCCUUUUUUGUGACUACUAGUAGUAUUCAUUUUUUAACAUGGGGCAAUGUUGUUGCAUUUGUUCUGGAAGUGAGGACGGGGUAUGUCCAAAUGCUUCGGCUGUGAUUUGUUUGCGCCGUUUUUUGGUGACAUGAGCGCCGUGUGUCAUUGAAGUGCCAGGCUCAGUAUUGUUUGUGCAUUGUGGUUGAAACUUGCAAAGGUUACAAAUAGCACAAAGAACAUGUUUGUUUUUCUUUUCAUAGUAUUUUUAUGUGAGAACAGUGAAAUAAUCCAGGUCAUCUUGUUGAGCCCAGAUUUCUCUUGCUUGUCUUAUUACUUUUAAUGUUCUUGUUUUCUUUAGAUUGUUUGAUAAUUUUAGUUCAUCACACAAGAGGACAUAUGAAACGUUAAUGUGGUAUGUUUCCCUUUUUUUUUAGGAACUAUAUGUAUGUUGACAAAUGUGUGAAGAGUCUGGGUUUCACUCUGAAGUCACCAGUGAGCCAAUUUUUUUAGUAUUGAGAGUCGCAUUGUCACCAGAGUGAUUGUAAUGUGAUGCCUUUCACACAAUUCUCUGAAGCUUUCCAAUGUUGAUAUUUUCAGCAACUGUGACUGGUUAGCAUUUUGUUGCUGUCCUAUUUAUUAUGUUGCAAAGCUGAAAAAACAAAAUAUUCCAAAAGCAUG